AUGGAAAAUCACCAGCAAAGAAAAGCUGGGACAAGCAGAAUGAGCGAGAAGCUGGAGCAGCGCUAUCAAGUGCUCUACGAGUACCUGGACCUGCUCGGGCGGCGUGAACACCUGCGGCUGGAAAUAGAGCCCAGGUUCAGACCAGACCAGCUGCAGCCGGUGAUCGACGACCGGGCAAAGCUUGCAGAGCUGGCCAGGCUUGGGGUCGAGAUGGCCGAAAAGAACAAGGAGGCUGCCGGCCUGGAGCGGGAGGUGGCCAUCGAGGAGAUUAAAGUGUGGUCGCUCAGCAGGGACUUUGCCGAGCGAAAAAUGAGGCUGGUGAGCGGCGGCGUCCUGGCUGCUGGUGAGGAGCUGUGGAAGUAUGAGAGGGAGAGGGUCGGUGAACGGUACGACGACUUUCCCAUGCGCACUUACGAAUUUCAUGAUUGCAUGCAGGAUCUUUAUCAACAACCUGGUGCUCGUGAUCAGGAAGCAGCAGUGUUGGGCACAGGGGGCCAAGAUGUGGUGGUAUUGCUUUCUACCAGUUGGAGCACAGACAUUGACGGAGCCCCCCUGGUGCAGUGCCAGAUAUCUGGAGAAUUCUUCCCCAAGGAUGAUGUCGAGAUUGCUCCUAUCGUUCCCUACUUUGUUGAUUCCGGAGCCUUCGCCCCGUUGCUGUUCGGGAGUGGUGCUGAAUCACUGCGAGGAUCCGGCAACUUCCUUGUCCUCCAUAGAGAAAUCAUCAAGUGGUUCGGGACAUACAAGCUUGUGAUCCUCCCAUAUGAUCGCGACGAAACACCCAUAAGGCGCUGGAAAGCAGCGGUCAUCUCCUCCAGGCUGAACAGUGAGCGCUUUGCGGGUCGGUCAACGCUGGUCUCAGCGUUCCAUUCACAGGAGCUGGCUUUCAACAACGAGCAGCGCCCGGUUGCGAGAUUUGCCUAUUUCCACUUCGUCAUGGCUCUCGUCCGCGCCAAGAUGCUCAAUUGUGAGGGAUGGCGGGAUGCUUGGGCCAAGUACUACCUCAACCCCCCUUUCCCCCAGCAGAGUCAGUACAUGCGGGAAUGCAUGCUGUUUGGUUUAUUUACAUAUUUCGACUGUGGCAGCAUUGAUCUGGGUAUUAUCGACUCCUGGAUCAGGGGCAACGGGUUUUACGAGCACGAGACUCUCUACGGCCGCGAAAGGGACGAGUUGGCCCGCCGAAUCCUGGCUGGAGUAGAUGAGGCUGUGGUGACAGCAGAGACUCAGGCACGAAUAGCCGCCUCUCCGGACGAUUCUGAAACGGAAUCUGAUAGCUCGGAAGACGAUUCGGAAGCGGAAUUCGAUAGCUCUGAAGAUGAUUCAGAAGCAGAAUCUGAUAGCUCUGAAGACGAUUCAGAAGCGGAAUCCUAUGGCUCGGAAGACGACUCAGAAGCGGAAUCCGGUAGUUCUGAAGACGGCUCGGCAGAGGAUUGA